GCAGUGUUCAUUUGCAACAUGUCUGUUCCAAUGAGAAGUUGGAUGCUGUUGGUGGUGUUCUGCCUUGUCGCAGCAACAUACUCGAAUUCCAAGCAUUUGGAAGGCCACAUUUCGGACCUCCCCGACUACGACACCUACCGUGUCCUGGAGCGGCGUCGCCUUCAGCAACAGAGACAAGAGUCACUCGGAACAACAGAGGACAAUGCAACUGUCGUAACCAUGCCAGCGCAGAGGACCACAGUGAAACGUGCCCCGGCGAAUAUGCUCUACGAUGUCCUGAGGUUUUUGCACGCGAACCGGGUGCUCUUCUACCUGUCCUGUGGCGGCAUCCUCACGGCUGUCUUGCUGCUGUUCACCUUGGCAGCGUUACAUAUGUCUGGCGGACUGGGCAGCCAUCGUUCGUCAGCUCCCACGAUGGCUUCUGCACCGGAAGAGUAUCCUCUACUGAGUCGCGAGCGUAGGCACGUGGAGUUCGCCAGCGAUGACGACGAGAGCUCCCCUACGGCCCCUGUCACUGAGGGAUACGACUGUUUCGUUGCGUUGCAACCGGAACGAGCUCCUGCCGGUGACUCUCCUGUCGAACGUACGCAUGUGCUCUCGAUGCGGCCGUCGCCAGAAAAGCCGACUGUGCCUGUAUUCCCCAAGCAACUGCUCGAGCUUUGUAACCAGGACGUGCCUUUGUCGUUUGUUGCCUUUCUUCCCAAUGGAAACUACGACCGUACCAGGUGGGUGGCCCGCGGCAAACAUAGCGAAGUCUUCCAGGUCGUCUCGCUCCUCAAGAAGACAAUCUUGAAGGUCAUACCUCUUCUCAACGAGUACACGGACAGCGAGAUCAAUACACUCACCCUCGGAGUCAUGUCUCACAUGAAACUGAGUUCCUUGAGAUACGGCUUAAAAUACAGAACGCCAAACUUCAUCGAAAUUCAAAGAGUGGCUUGUGUGUAUGACACAUUUCCGGAAUGGCUUCUCAAAAGUGACAGGUUAAAGGAUUCCUACGAUUCCACUGCUGAAAGCCUACUUUCGGAAGUCACUGGUAUAAGCCAGUGCACUAACACUCGACGGUUUAUUGUGAUCGAACUAUGCUACGCUGGAAGGCCUCUAUCUCGCAUCAAGAUGCGAAGCUCUGUCCAGGGACGAAGCCUUAUACAACAGAUCGCCUGCAGUGUCGCCGUGGCUGAACGAUCACUAGGCUUCGCCCAUCUAACAACUGACGCAGACAAGGUCCUGGUGUCGCCUACAGACCUGGCUAGUAUAGAAUACCGCAUAGACGGACGAGCCCCGUUGUGCGUUGAAGCCGCGGGUCUCAAGGCCCACAUCUCUGGUUCACUCUCAUGCAUGGUUAAUGUUGAGAGGCUACGCGGGGAAGCCCUCGACGACAUGGAACAGCUCUCUCAAGGCACGCACGAUAAUGGAUCAAAGGCAGAACGUUUCUACAACAACGUGAUGUGGGUCGGAGCGGUCUUCGAAACAAUCAUAUCGAAGCUGCAUUCAGACGUACAAGACUCUCGUAUUCGAAGUGAGGGCGCCGUCAUCAGUCAACUUCACAGCUGGCACAACACGCUCCAUCAGUGCAGUUCUGUGGAUCAGUUUGUCAUGGAUACCUUCCUAUAGAUGCAGCUCCAUUUGAACAUAAGCGUCUUAGUAUAAACUGCACUGAAAAGACACAAAAAAAAAACUUCACAUAUAUCAACGCUCACCCACAGCAUAUGCGAACAAAAACAAAAUCAACAAAUCAUACAGAAGGCCCAUGAACGGGUCACCACUGGUUUCUGUGUCUCUGUACAAAUAUUACGAUCGCAAAUUUCA